UUAAUUAAAAGGUUUAAACAUCAUUGGAGUAGUUGCCUCAAACAACACUUCCUAUGAAUCGUCUAAUUAUGAGGAUCAGAUGAUCUCAGGCUGCAGGUCAGUUGUACACAGACAGGGGGAAACUGGUCCCAGAUCUGAACUCACAGAUCAAACUUUGGAGGUCUUCAGAUGACAGCAAAAACACAGAGGAACUGUGAGAAACAAGCUCGUCUGAUGUUAAAACCCAGUUGCUUGUGAAGAGGAUGAGCUCUCCUCCGGGUGUUUUCUUUCUCCGUUGUUUGGUGAUCGUUGCUCUCGCUUCCCACGCUGAAGGAGAAAUGUACACGUCGCUCCAAGACGUGAAGCAAGCCAUUAAUGUUGAAAGGAAAUUGAUUGAAUAUCUGAGAACUUACAUCGACAGCGAGUUGGAGAGACUGGAAGACAUCAAGCGGUUUUAUGCCAAAGUGUCUGACCUGCACACAAUACUAUACAAAGGUUCUGCAGCUGCAACAGCAAACCCACUGGUGGCCUUCACCCUCAUCAAGCGGCUGCAUUCAGAGUGGCUGAACGUAAUCCACAGUAAUGAAGCUCAGGAAAACAUUCAAACCCUCAGGUCCAAAUAUGAGGAAGAGGAGGCAGACUUGCCCAAAGUGGAAGACCUCCGGGGUGCUGCAAAGGGGCUGAUGAGGCUCCAGGAUGUGUAUUCCCUCCAGGUCUCUAGUCUUGUAAAGGGCCGUUUUCAGAGGAUCACCAAUGGAGGUGUGAUUGAUGUCUGCUCGCCUGCUGUGUCUGUCUCACUGUCUGGUGACGACUGCUUUCUUGUUGGGAAGGUCGCCUAUGAGCAGGAAGACUAUUACCACUCGGUGCAGUGGUUGGAGGAGUCAGUGCGUCUCUUCAGGGGAACAGGAGGACAGUGGAGCCCUGAGAAUGAAGGGACUUUAGAGGACGCUCUGGAUCAUCUCGCUUUCUCCCACUUUAAAACAGGAAAUGUCUCCUAUGCUUUAAGUCUGUCUCACGAGUUACUGCAUCACGAUCCAAUGAAUGGACGAGUGUUGCAGAAUGUCGAGAAAUAUGAGAAGCUGCUGGGUUCUGCAGGUCCAUCCAGGGAGUGUAGUUUAAGAAGACCCGGCUCAUCUUAUUUAAGGACACGGGACACUUAUGAGAGACUCUGUCUGACUAAAGGCUCCCAGCCGAUGCAUUUUCAAAACCCUAGACUGUUCUGUGACCACUUCACCAACAACAGCCCUGCACUGCUGCUACAGCCUGUGAGACGGGAGGUGUUGAGCCUGCAGCCUCAUGUGGUCCUUUACCAUGACUUCGUCACAGGUGCUGAGGCUGAGGACAUCAAGAAGCUCGCCCAGGAUGGUUUGAAGAGAUCCGUAGUGGCAGCUGGAGAGAAGCAGGAAACGGCAGAUUAUCGAAUUAGCAAGAGUGCUUGGCUGAAAGGCUCAGAGAGCUCCAUCGUUGGAAGGUUAGACCACAGGAUUUCUGUGCUAACGGGUUUGAACGUGAAGCAUCCAUAUGGCGAGUUCCUCCAGGUGGUGAAUUAUGGGAUCGGUGGCCACUAUGAACCUCAUUUUGACCACGCUACAUCACCCUCCAGUCCUGUUUUCAAGCUGAAAACUGGGAAUCGUGUGGCGACCUUCAUGAUCUACCUCAGCUCAGUCGAAGCUGGCGGGUCAACAGCCUUCAUAUAUGCCAACUUCAGUGUUCCAGUUGUGAAGAAAGCUGCCAUAUUCUGGUGGAACCUCCACAGAAAUGGUCAGGGAGAUGAAGACACUCUGCAUGCUGGUUGCCCGGUGCUCAUCGGGGACAAAUGGGUGGCCAACAAAUGGAUCCAUGAGUACGGCCAAGAGUUUCAGCGUCGCUGCAGCCUGAAUCCUGAAGUGUGAGAGGGACAUUACUACUGUCAGGCACAUUGACUAGAAGAGAGGAGGCGGCAGUCAGAAAGUGUGUGCACAGACAAGGGAGGGAAUGGAGGGGCCAGCCUGCAUCUUUGAUUGGAGCCCAGAGCCCCAGGGAUCCUGGACACUCCUGCUGUGGAUGUGGAGGUGAAGGUGGAGCGAGGUAUUUGGAAAUCCGCCUACAGUGGCCCAACUGUUUCCAUCAGUCACUUCAAGUAUUUACACUUUGUAGGAAAUACUGGCAGAAGCUGAUCUGCAGAGGACAGAAGUGAUCUUCAGUGGACAGUAAAUUAUUUCAGAGGGUUCAGAUUUAACAGCCGUGUGUCCUAAUACUGGUAAUUAUCAAAAAUGUAAAGUUCAGAUUUAGUAAAACAUUUCAUUCACUGGGAUUGCUUGUACCUUUCUUCCUGAUAGAACAGUGUUGUCAUCGUCACUGUUUUUGUCUCAGAUUAAUGCAAGACGCUGUCUAAUAAAACAAAUAAACGAUUAAAUCUGCCACUCA